AUGUUUAAGAUUCAAAUACGAUCGCCCAAUGGGCUUGGUGGUAAAACUGCUCCUUCCUUCAAGGAUUCGUGGGAAGUACUAAGAAGCGCCAUGUCGAUGAUUUAUGAUGGACGUGUAGGCGAGCUUUCCUUCGAGGGUCUCUUUAAUGUAGUCUACAGCCUUACACUCCGCCGGCAGGGAGCAGAGCUCUAUGAAAAGAUUGGCGGGUUUUUUGAGGAAAAGGUCUGCGAAUUGAGGAAUCCAGCUAUCGAGAGUUCCACACUAAAUGUACUAUCAGCGUUAUUGGAGGUUUGGGACAAGCAUUGCGAGUCUCUUCGCUUGAUCAGUGACAUUACGAUGUAUCUCGACAAAGUUUACUGCAAGGAGAAUCGCAGGCAACUUGUUUAUGACAUGGGACUUGAGAAAUUCCGAGGUCUGGUAUUGAAGGCUUCAAAAGACGAUGUGCAUAGUCUGAUGGGAAAACAAAUCAACGAUGCCAGGCUUCGGUCCAAAAAUGUCGACUUUCAAAGUCUGAAAUCUUUGAUUGCAAUCAUGGAAACCCUGACUGAUGUCAACGACACCUAUUAUCUUACAGAAUUCGAGCCUUCUUUACUUGAAGAAACUAAAGCUUUCUACAGGAACUUUAUUCAAAAUUACAAUAGUGAAGCAACAUCAUAUCCUAAGGAAGUUCAGGCACUUUUGAAAGAUGAGCAGGAAAUGGAUGCGAAGUUUUUGAACCAGGACAUAGUGAUCAAGAUUAGGACUGUCGUCGAAGGUAUACUGGUUUCGGAAAACAUGCAAUUUGUAGGAGAGCAGGUUAUUCCCGAACUUCUGCGAAAAGGAAUGUACUCGGACUUGGGACUGAUGUUCAGUUUGUCCCGCGCCCCGCAAGAAAAGAAGCGGCUUUGGAAGCAGUGUUCUCAAUAUAUUUCGAAUGAGGGUCUGUCUAUUGCAGAGGACUUUUCGCUGAAGAAACGAACUCAGGUCGCAGUAAAAUGGGUUACAGAAGUAAUUGCAUUGAAGAAAAAAUACGAAACGGUAUUGAGAGACAUGGCUGAAGACGACUCAACUGACGUCAAGGCAGUCAAUGAAGCAUUUUCCGUGAUCUUGAAUCAAAAUGGAAAAAGGAAUGCCGAUUUCUUGGCCAUGUAUUUAGACUUCUUGUUACGGUCAUCUACUGCCGAGGAGUCGACGAAAAUGCAAAUGGAAGAGACGAUAGCGAUGUUCAAACUCCUGAGAGAAAAGGAUGUUUUCGAAAGAUUAUAUCAGCAACAAUUGUCUAAACGCCUAUUACAGCAGCGAUCGUCCAUUAAGUUGGAAAAAUACCUGGUGAAUCGCAUGAAGGACGAGGUUGGAGGUUCUUUCACGUUGAAGCCGGAAGGUAUGUUUAGAGACAUUUCGGUAUCACAGAUCAACAACUCGAAGUUUCACCAAUCUUACCAAAUUCCAUACGCAUACGACAUGAGCGUACUCACAUGGACAUGCUGGCCAUUCCAGCAGACAAGUAACGAAAAAGACAUAAUUCUACCAACUGCGCUUGAAAGCGUGAAGCUAGAUUAUGAAAACUACUACAUGAAGACAUACAGCGGAAGAGUACUCACUUGGGCUUACCACCUUGGGUCCCUGGAUAUCGGAUUUCAGUUUAAAAAAAGUUAUCAUGUUAUUACAAUGCCGAUUUACGCCGCCAUCAUAUUUAUGCUAUUUGAGGAUCAUGAGGAAUUGACUGCCCAGGAAAUUGGCGAGCUUACCAACAUUCCGGACAAUGAACUCAUUAGAAAUCUUUUAACAAUAGCCAUUGCUCCCAAAACGAGACUUUUAAAAAAGCAGCCCAUGAGUAAAAAGGUUCUUCCCUCAGACAAAUUUCGUAUCAAUUACUCAUUUUCAGCGCCCACUACGAAAGUGAAGGUCCUCGCUGUUUUGAAUAAAGCUGAAUCAGAGACGCAGCAAUCAUCGGGUAAUGGGGGUCUAACCUCUGAUAUUUUAGGCGAACGUAGACAAAAUGUCGAAGCCGCGAUCGUGAGGGUGAUGAAAAGCUCUCAAAAGUUAUACUUGGAUCAACUGUUUGAGAAAGUGCGAGAAGCCGUGGCGUUGCGCUUUCAGCUGGACCUGGACACGCUUCAGACAAGUGUGGACAAACUUGUUGAGCGGGAAUAUAUGCAGAGGGAUCCUGACGACAGCACUUUUUAUCAUUAUCUUCCUUAA